AUGGUCAACAAUCGUCUAGUUCACAUCAUCGAGACAAGAAGAUUACUGCAUCCUCACCAGUUUGCCUUCCGGAAAGGAAAAACUACCGUUGACCACUUGGCUGAGCUCGAGAAAGUGGUGCGAGCAGCCUGGAACAAGAAGGAGUACGUUCAGGGGAUUUUUCUGGAUGUGACCAAGGCGUACGAUACCACCUGGAGAAGACUGGUCCUGAACCAACUGCGUGACUGGAACAUAGAAGGUCUGAUGUUGAAAUUCUUGGACCGAAUGCUGGAAAAUCGCUCAUUUAGAGUUUUUGUGAACGGCCAGCUGUCGCAAAGCAAGAUCAUGGAAACAGGCCUCUGCCAAGGAUCAGUACUGAGCGUCACCUUGUUCUUGGUGGCUAUCAACACAUUGGUAGCACGGAUGCCGCCCAGCAUAACAACACUCUUGUACGCAGAUGAUGUUGUACUGCUGGCCAGUGGACGAAAUGUUGAAGAAGUUGAGAACGACUUGCAAGCUGCACUGAAGGCGGUGGAAUGCUGGCAGAGCUCAACGGGAUUUAAAAUUUCUGCGGAGAAAAGCGCUACUGUCAUCUUUAGAAGCUACGGAACGAGGAAACCACCGAGCAGAGCUGCACUGGAGCUGAAUGGGACCCUGAUCCCAACCAAAAAGCAGCACCGAUGUUUGGGCGUUAUCCUGGAUCAACAUUUACUGUUCAAGACACACUGCGAGGAAGUGAAAGCGGCUUGCCGACAACGAGUCCAGCUUAUCCGUUGUGUAGCAUGUAGGUCAUGGGGCGGCGAUAGGAAGACUCUAAUCAAGCUAUACAGAGCCACAGUGUUGGAGAAAAUCCUGUACGCAGCACCUAUAACAGCUGCCGUCAGUGACAACGUCCUGAAGAUCCUCGAGCCAACACACAACACAGGCUUGAGAGCUAUCUGUGGUGCGUUCCGUACCAGCCCUGUAGAUAGUCUCCAAGCUGAAACAGGAAUCCCGAGCCUGAGAGUGUUCUUUGAACAGCGGACAGCGAUCUACGCCGCCAGAAAAGCAGCCAUAUCAGCACAGAGCAGAACCCAGCCAGCAGAAGACGACUCACAAUCAGCAGGAAGCAGUACCGAGAGCAGCUACGAUAGCAACAGUUCAGGAGAGGAGUGGAAUUCGACUAGGCAUCGAGGUCCGCUACGUGGAGUGGAAACUGCUGAGACAAGAGGAAAGGCGAUACUUGAAGAGCUGGAACUACCGUUACCCGAGCUGAAGAUAUUCACACUACCAUUGUGUCCCCCCUGGGAACGCAGACGGAUCCGGAUAGACAAAACAUUACUCGAAGCUGAACGAGCCGGAGCAACUUCAACACAACUGAAGGAGCUCUUCGUGUCCCGAAGGAACACGGAAUAUCGCUUGUGUGAAACAAUUUUCACCGAUGGAUCAAAGAAAGAUGGCAGGGUUGGUUACGCGAUGGUUAGAGGGGACUUGGUUGUUCGAAGAAGAAUCAGUGAUCUGAGCAGUAUCUUUGCUGCGGAGUGUGGUGCGAUCACUGAAGCGCUCAGGUGGAUAAUUGGUCAGAAUCGCGUGGGGACCUACCUCGUCUGUACAGAUUCCUUGAGUGCCAUCACGGCCUUGGGUAAACGAAAAACCAAAUGCAGAUGGAAGGACGAGAUCAACAUCCUACACAAUCAGGCAGAAUGUAAUGGCACGGAGAUAAUCUACAUGUGGGUGAAAAGUCAUGUAGGAAUAGCAGGCAACGAGAAGGCAGAUGAAGAAGCGAAGCAGUCAUUGAACGACAGAAACAUCUGGGACAGAAGCGUAGAAUUCAAGGAGUUCAGGACGGUGAUCAAGAAGAGGACUGUUUGGCGCUGGAAUGCGGAAUGGAGCAGAAAGGUGGGCAACAAACUACGAGAGGUGAAGAACUCGGUACUACCUUAUCGAGAUGUAUUUGUUGGAUCGAGGAAGGAAGACGUCAUUCUGACAAGACUCAGGAUAGGACACACCUUGCUAACCCAUCAGUAUCUGCUGGAGAAGGACAGUGCGCCGCGUUGCACAAGGUGCAAUUUGGCGCUGACGGGACCACAUCGGGCUUUGUUGAAGAAAUAUGUGCGGCUUCGCAAUCACGACCUUAGAGCGUGGGAUGUUUGUCCGGAGGCCCGGCUCUUGGCUGUGGGUGCAAAGCGCAACAGGACUUCCCGGCCGCUGGCUCGGUGGGUGGUAGGUUCAACGCAAACGCAUCCUGGCGAUGACAUCCGGACGGGAAAUGCGACCCAUCGUGCUGUUUGGUACAGGACGACGGUGUGCCACCAUCCUCAAAACCCGUGCGAAAAGGACCUCAUCUCCCGCAUCUGA